GUAGACAAGUACAUAAGGUACCGUAUAUGUCAAUCGUGGUCCUGAAAUGCACACAGUGUACUUUCAACUUCACUUGAACACUCCCCAGGUCACUUUCAAAAGACGCCUCCUGACGCCUCCUUCAAGUAUAUCACUUCUGUUGAUGCCAUGAAGAUCAACAAACUGUAACGACUCCCAACCCUCUCAUUAUGCCUCACGGCCCCCCCAAGCCUCCGGCAAGCUUCAUCACCAGGAAGGCCAGCAUCCUCCAACAACUCGCUGUCCCGGCCACCGACUACACAGAUCUAUCCCCGAAGGGUUCCGUAGACGAGGGCAUCCGCCAUCUCAUCGAUGAACUCAAUGCCUACGAAGGAUUUGUGACUACGAGCAGCUGUGCGGGCCGGGUCAGUGUCUUCCUCGAAGGGAGCAGGGGGGACGUGCCCGGCCAGGGGCUCUCUCAGCAGGAUUCCGUUCCCUUCGGUGGCGACGACCCCCAAGAGCGUCAGACACAGGCUGGUGUGGGAGGUAAAGGGGGAGGGGGCACUUGGCUUUUUGUCUCCCAUGACCCCAUCGAUACGCGGGGCGUCAGCCACGACGACGACGCUGCCCUGCGACGACUUUUAGGACUGGAUUCGGUGAGCGAGGACCUGGAUGAAAUGAUGACGGAAGGAUGUCGCCUUAUUCAUUUCAAGUUCGAGCCCAUGAUUCUCCACGUCCUCGCAGCCUCCCCAUUCCAUGCUCAGCUCCUCCUCCGCUGCUCUUUGCCCUCCGGCUUUCGUGAGAGCGGAGCCUUGAACAUCGACGGAGGCCGCGGCGGCCCCACCACGCCUAUGGUCGCUGUGCGCACCAUGGGACUGGGCUUCUCGUCCCUCGUCGGAUACGAAUCAGCAAACGGGACUCGCAGGGCCGCCGUCUCGGCGUCGUACCUACGAACACUCUUAGAGAUCGGAAACACGCGCUUCGCCGAAAAUGCAAAGAGGAUAGACAGAUUCCGCACGGCGCUGCGGGACGCUGUAGCAGGACCGGCCCUGCGUGGGACGGUAAAAGUAGGCGAGGAUGGCAUUAAGUGGGAGGAUGCCGCGGCAAGGAGGGAGAGAAAAAGGGCCGAGGGCCUAAGACGGAGGGCGGAGUUGUCGGCCGCCGGCUCUGGACAGCAUGGCGAUAAUAGGAGAGGAACGAAUUCGGAGGACGAGGACAAUGACAUACUCGGUAGCCAAAUUUUACUCCAUGGCAUAUAAGAAAGGGAUCCUUUUCGCCUCGCCUGCCACACAAGUCUAUAUGCGGGGUUUUGUGCCCCUUAUCCUGCUGUAUCCUACCCACGCCGCUCCAUGCCGUUGCUGAUGUAUCUGUCGUACACAACAACUCGCCGU